CGUGGCACCAAGCCCCAUCCCUGUGCCGGUGCAGCCUGUGCCUGCUCUAGGGUGCAGCCCUGAGCACCCCGGGAUGGGGAGCAGGGCUCUGCGGCCAGCCCAGGUUCAUGAUGGUGCAGCUGAGCAGGGACCAUUGUACCUCUUGCAGUAAGAAACCUCUCCGCUCCUGAACCCGCACCCCACAGCAGUGGGGAUUUGGGGUGCUCUCCGGGUGGAAGGGGAACAGGGACAGUGGGAAAUGCCACCAUGGAGGGAACAGGACCCAGGGACGUCUCUUCUGUGGCAGGAGGAGGAGGCUGGGGUGGGUGCCAGCCAGAGCAGGGGCUGCCUGUGCCCAUCCCCGCGCAUCCCAGACCACAGACGUCCAUCCAUCCGUCCCUGCAGUCCCACCGUGCACAGUUUAACCUGGGACCGCCUGUGUUUUCUAACUCCCUGCUCUUUCCCCCGUGGGGAUGGUGCCAUGUCCCUUGGGGGAUGUCAGGGUGGGCUCACGGCAGCGCAGGUGAAAGGGUGCCCGGCCACGGUGGUGUUGGCUUCGUGCCGGCUCUGCCCCGGCCCCGCGUCUGGCUGGGGAAAGCCAGACACGUCCCGUCAGUUGUGGAAUUGGCUCUGCAGGUGGUUGGCAUAGAAACCAUGAAAGGCUGCAAUACAUCACUUGGCUUUUUUUUUAUCCUCCUUUUUUUUAGCCUCUUCCGUGUAAAUCUGUUUCUGUAGUAACACUUUUUCCGCCUUCCCCCCCCCCCCCCCCCCCGCCCCGGUUGACUAUGAAAUAUUUACACUCCGGCUCCCACGGCUCCCUCGCCAAAACAUCCCUGUCUGCGUGCGGAGACGGAUACGCAGCCGCCCGCGCCGCAGACGGGCACCGCGCACGUGAGCAGCUCUGCGCCGGCGGCCCCGAAGCCCGGCUGUCGUGGUGGCACAGUGCCUUCGCCUCCCGUUUGGUCCCGGCGGUGGGAAAUGUGGGGCACGUGUGGGCAGAGGUGCUGCCGCAGGUGACGGGGGGCCUGAUCCAGAUCUGGUGCCAUAGAAAACUCUCUGCACCGAUGAGGGGCUUGCUUUCCCCUUUGCUUCCCAAACCAGAGUCGCGGUGCCGCGGCAGCGCCGAAACGCCCGUGCCCCGGGCAUGAUGCUGCGUGGUGCUGAGGGUGCUGCCCACGCCUGGCCACCGUGUCCCCCCCCCCGUGGCACCCCGGCCACCACCCAGUGCCACUGUGCUGAGCUGAAUGGGGUUGACUCAUGCAAGAGCAGGGACCGGCUGGUAAUUAAGCUGCCAAUCAAGCGGCUGAGGUUGCUUUUUCAUUAGCUUGCUGUAAAUUAUAAAGCAAAUUCUCUGGGUAUGUAUUAUAAAUAAAAUCACAGCGGGGCCUCAUGAACCAGUGUGACAUCACCAAGGAAUUAGGGAUAAAAGACACGGCUAGGCUAAAAAUAAUAUAGGGUACGGUCAUUUGUUUUUCUUUAAAAUAAAGGCCUUAUUAUUAAAAUGGAAAUAAUUGCAGAUAUAAUUUACUUUUUCACCAGUCCCACUGCUCUUGCUUUGUUUUCGAGAUUUUUUUUUAUUCGGCUGAGCUGCUGGUUUUAAAUUGUGCCAGAUGCCCUGCCUGCAGGGUCCCGAGCCCAAGCCUUCAGCAAAAUCCCAUUCCUGGCUCUGUGCUGAGGAUGGGACUCGAGCUUCUCCAGUUCCUCGAGUGCGUUAGAAGAUCCUACCUUGAGAUGUUCACAGUUUAGGGAGUCCACUUUGCUUUCCUGUAUAGCAACCUGACAGUGGACACUAUCCUGCCAUCCUUACAACAUCCUUAGAAGAGGGAAAUGAAAGCCUGAGCCCUGAACUGCAGCCAAGUCCAAAAAUAAAAUUAGAUGCAAAUUAAAACUUGCAGAAACAUUUGCUGAUCUUAGAUUAUUUUUUUUUAAGUUCUCGGUGUGUUUUUGUAAUCAUUUUGACUACUGAAACGGAUCCUGGCCCCAAAAUCCUGCUGUCAUCAUCCCUAGCAAUUACAAGGAUUUUUGAAAUGGUUUUCUUUCUUUUUCCAGAGUUAACCCUUUGCAGUGAGCGCAAGGGCGGACAGGUUUGCCUGCGAGACAGGGUUGUGGCAUCGCCACGGGAUGGGGAGUUGGGGCUUUGUGCUGGGAGUUUCCCAGGAGGCAGAUGGGGGAAGCGGCAUUCGGGCUGGCCGGGGGCACAUGGUGCAGGGCAGCUUUCAGCAGCCCGAGGAAGCAAGCUGUUCCCUAAUCCAGCUGAUUUCUCUCUCCUUUCCUAUUUCUUUUUUUCCCCCAGGUCGGACAAAACCCUACAGGACAUAGUGUACAAACUGGUCCCGGGGCUUUUCAAAGGUACAGCCAUGGACAAUUAUAAUUGUGUGGGUUUGGGGUUGUUUGUAACUCGCUCCCACCCACCAGUGAAACCGGUCCCCCGGAUUUCGCGCUGCCCACGCACGCCCCUGCCCGUGUAAUGGGGACAGCAGGAAAAUGCAUGGUGUGAAUGGACAGGGAUGGGUCCGUCCGGAUAGUGCCCAUCCCACACUCCGGCAGCCCGGGGGCUGCUGCUGGGGGGAACUACGAAAAGCAAAGCUGGGAGCAGGAGCCGCGGAUUUGCUCUCCAAGUGCCUGCCCAUCCUCGGGGGAAAAAGUGUGGGGGUCUGCAGGUGUGGAAAGACUGAGGACAGUCGAGCCGCCAUAAAGGCAUUCUCACAGCAGCAGAUUUGCAGCCGCUCCAAGGGUUUUACUGAUGAGAUGAAGAGGCGGCGCGACUUCUACGCAGCCUACCCCAUGGCAGAGGUCCCCAACGGGUCCAAUGAAGAUCGCGGGGAAGUCUCCGAGCAGGACAAGGGGAACCUGACGGAUGAUGAGAUCGUUAGCCUGUCCAUAGAGUUUUACGAAGGGUCAAGAGAGGAGAAGAAAGGGACCGUUGAGAACGGGGACCUGGAGAAGGAGAAGAAGAACGGGGUGCGGUUCCUGCGCUGUCCCGCCGCGAUGACCGUCAUGCACCUGGCCAAGUUCCUCCGCAACAAGAUGGACGUUCCCAGCAAGUACAAGGUGGAAGUCCUCUACGAAGACGAGCCCCUCAAGGAGUAUUACACCCUGAUGGACAUCGCCUACAUCUAUCCCUGGAGGAGGAACGGGCCCCUGCCGCUGAAAUACCGCGUCCAACCCGCCUGCAAACGGCUCAAGCUGUCCCAGCCGGCCACCUCCGAGUGCACCAACACCAGCGGCGCCUCUGAGUGCGAGUCGGUCAGCGACAAAGCCCACAGCCCCGCCACGCUGCCCGCCACCUCCUCCUCCCUGCCCAGUCCCGGUACCCCAUCCCACGGCUCGCCCAGUUCCACCGCCGGCAGCGGCCCCGCCGGUACCGGCACCGCGCUCAACGGCACCUCGAACUGCCACCCGCUGCCGCCCGCCGCCAGCCGGUGCCGCAAAACGACUGUCAAUGGCAGCACGGCCUCCGCCUUGACCUAAACAAUGACGAAACAGGGACUCCUGGCUGGGUUUUAUAUAUCUAUAUAUAUUAUAUAUAUACAUAUAUAAAUAUAUAUGUGUACAUAGGGAGAAAAAAAAUUAUACAUACUUAUUUUCUAUUGAUUGACCAGAUUAAUUUAAAAUGCAAAUAAGACACAUAAAUGUGGUUGAAUAUUUUUAAAUGUUUUUUGUUUUUUUUUUUUUUUAAAUUUUCGUUUUAACUUAUGUAAGCUGCAUGCCGGAGCUGGGAGCCAUGCAGGCGCUGCCGCCUUCCUUGCUCGUUUUCUCUAACACUUUUCACUCUCCUCCCCAUCCCUCUCCCCUCGCGCCUGCUCGGAGCGAGACGGGGCCGUGAGCGGGGACUCCCAGCUGCACAGGUAAGGGCCAAGCACAGGUAAGGGCCAAGCACAGAAGCCAAAAAACUGCCCCCCAGCCCCGCCGUGCCCUGUGAUUUUUUUGCUUUUUUUGUGUUUAUUUGGGGAUUUUAUGGCACCAGGUUUGAUAAUGUGGUGCCUGUGGCCAGCUGGGACCAGUGGUCCAUUUGUUGGCAUCGAGCAUCACUUGCUAGUGUUGCCCCCCCUCAGCUUUGCCUUGCCGUACAUGUUUCUGUCUCUUUUUUGCUUUCCCUGUGUGGUCUCUGGACGGUGUUUCAGGCUCUGAUCUAGCAAAGCCUCACACAGACGCUUCCCUUUAUGCACAGUAAGUAGUUUGUUUUUUGGGUUUUUUUCCCCCAGCUUAAAAAAACUAUGCUUGCAACUUGGUGGUGAAGGGCCAGCCGUACCGGGGGUGGGAGCACAAGCCCCGCUGAAUAUUGGUUUCUCCUCCCCGGGGCAGACGGGCAGCGCUGGGUGCCAACAGCUCCGGGCACUGAUGGGAAAUUUUGGCUGGGGGCAUCUAAAUGGUUGGGGGCUGCUUUGGCAGCGCUGGGUGAGUCUGCGUGGGACCCAGGGGCUUCAAAUGCCACUACCCUGCCCAGGCAGGGAGGGGGUGCACGGGACUCCCACGUUGCUGGCUCCCCACUCACCUCCAUGGCUUCAACGCCACAUUUCAGAGCAUUUAUUUUUGUUGCCCCCCGUCCUUCCUACCUUCUCCUGUCCCCACAUUGGGUUUUUAAAAAAAUAAAAUAAAAAAAAUAAGACUACAGUGCCUUUAGCCAGGAGGCUUCGGUGAGGGGCGAGCGUGGGAAGGUGCUGCCAUGUUUUGGGCAGGAGCGGCGCGGCACCGGUAUUGCCGGCUGCCCACACGCUCCGGGGAAGGGACCAACUUUGUACAUUGACAAAAAAAAAAAAAAGCACAUGAGCCCCGGGGAGCACAGACCCCGGGGGUUUCUCUCUUACCCUUGCUGGGGAAGGGGGUGAAUGACAAAAAAUAAGCAAGUGCCUGCAGCGCCCGGAUGGCACCCCACGGCCAGGCAGCGGCUACGGCCGCCCACGACGGCACGGUGAGAACCAAAGGAAAGCGGCACGGGAAUUGUAUGAACAGCCCGACUCCAAAGGUCAGGAAACAUGGGAUGUUGUUAUUGUAUUUUUAAAUUUUUUUUUAAUUUUUUUUUUUUUUUUUUUUUUUAAGUACUUGCACCCCCAUCACGGACUUGACAGCGGCACCUUCGCUAUAGCACAGCCCCGGGCUCCGCUGCCCUCCGGGCACUGGGGAUGGGGCCCGGGAAGGUCCCCGCGGGGCCCCUUUUGUUUCUCUCUUCCCCAUCCCCGGGCUGGGGCUGCACGAGGGGCUCGAAGCGUGUCGGGGGGGCUGCAUUUGUCUCGACUUUGACACCCCUUUUCUCCUUGUAAAUAGGCCAAAAUGGACUGAGGGAGGCAGCUGAAGUGCCUCGGUCUGGGGUUUGUGUGGGGCUCUUGGGGGGGUUGUUUUGUUUUCUGUUUUUUCCUAUAUGGUACAAACCAAAUUGCUCUGUAUGUUUGCAUCCUGUACGAUGUUUUAAUGUCUUGUAAUAUAUUCUGAUAUUCAUAUAUUGUUAUUGGUUAAACAUUUGUAUAACUAUACAGCUUUGUAAAUGUAAUAAAUGCUGCAGACUGUCA